CGACAAAACAAAGACAAACAAAAAACAUACUGCAGAAGCUCCAGUCUCUCAGUGAGCUGAGCUCGGAGUGGGAGCCACGUGGACGCAACAAAAUGUGCCAGUGCCAAUUUCAGUCAUAAUGAUCACGUGUGGCAAGCACUAACUUUACUUAGUAAGUUCACUACGUGUUUACUUGCCACCUGGCAUUUUGAAGUCAAACUUUAUGAAGCUCCAUUCCCAUUUGUCUCUGUUGUCUGGGAACUUGCCACUCCAGUAGCCCACGCUUCCACGUGGCGCCUCCACACAGUCCGUGUCGUCGUGUCCAGUGUUGGGCCCCACCUGCCACGCCAUCCCCAAUCUAUAAAAGCUCCCUCUCCCUCACUCUCAAUUUUAGCUCUACACACACCUCUCUCUCAGAAACACCACUCAAAAUAUACACAUCACUCUAUUAAUGAACAUGUUCUCCGCUCAGCUUUCUGACUCCCCCGACCAGCCCGAGUCGAGUUCUUUCUCCGACGCCAGCGUCACCACCCUACCGGCUUCUUCCUCCGACGAAAACGUCAUAUUGGCGUCGAGCCGGCCGAAGAAGCGCGCUGGGAGGAGGGUUUUCAAGGAGACGAGGCACCCGGUUUACAGGGGCGUGAGGAGAAGGAACAACAACAAGUGGGUGUGUGAGUUGAGAGAGCCCAACAAGAAGAAGUCAAGGGUUUGGCUCGGGACGUAUCCAACGGCUGAGAUGGCUGCUCGUGCCCAUGACGUGGCGGCAUUGGCGUUCAGAGGGAAGCUUGCCUGCAUAAACUUUGCUGACUCCGCAUGGCGGCUGCCCGUGCCGGCUUCCAUGGAUACCAUGGAUAUCCGAAGGGCAGCUGCUGAGGCUGCCGAAGGGUUCAGGCCAGCGGAGUUCGGUGGAUUUUCCAGAGGGAGCAGUGAUGAGAAGGAGAUAAAUGUUGUCAUGGAAGAGAAGAAGAAGAAUUUUAGCGUGGAUAUGGAAAUAAGCAGCAGCUUGAGCUUGUUUUAUUUGGAUGAGGAGGAAAUGUUUGAUAUGCCAAGGUUGAUUGAUAACAUGGCCGAAGGGCUUCUUCUUUCUCCACCUCAAUGCUUAGCUGGCUACUUGAGUUGGGAUGACAUGGAAACUGAAGCUGAUCCCAAAUUGUGGAGUUUCUCUUUCUGAUUGAUGUUUUUUUUCAUUCAAUCUGUAUUUAUUUGUUCAUGUGUGAGUCGCUGAUAAAGAUUGUAGGGGGUUUUUUUUUUCUUGUUACAAUCUUUAGAGUUUUAGUGUGUAUUUUGUUCGAUUCAUAUGUAUUUAUUUGUAAAUUAGAGCAUGUUACUGUGGCUCUAAUAGAUAUUUAGUUGUGUUAUAGAUAUUUAGGGUUUUUUUUUUUUUGGUUUGAAAGAUAUUUAGGAUGAACAAAGUCUCC